GCGUUGCUGUUUCCGUCACUGGCCCGGGCUCAGGUGGCCGACUGCAGUGGAACCAACCUCUGCCCACUGCGAUCCAACAGCACCACCACGACCACCACCAGCACCAUGCACUUGUGCUGAGUUUCCACACACAGUGUGUUUGUAGCUCGUAGGAGGCAGAAGAAAAGCCCUCCGCGGAUCCACCGGCUGGCCCCUCGCAGCUCAGCCAAGCCAAAGGAUUUUUUUCUCCUUCAUUCUUCUUUUUUGUUGGCCCUCCUUCCACUCUUUCUUUCUGUCUUCCGUCUCUGAGUGAACCCAUUUCGACUUUCUCCACUUUCCUCGGGGAAGAAACGCUUCGCCGUCUCCUCCUCAGUGUGCACAUAGACUUGCCCGCCAGAAGCAGCCAUGAAUUCGGAUAUAAACGUGUACCUCGGCCGGGAGAAACCGGGCAUCAUGCGAAAGAGAGCCCUGCUCCUUCGGAAGGGGUGCAGCUUCGAGAUAACAAGCUCUGCGUCUGAAGACUUGGGCUGCAGGCGCGGAGACUUCAGCCGGAAGCACUAUGGAUCGGUAGAGCUGCUGAUCUCCAGUGAUGCAGACGGAGCCAUCCAGAGAGCCGGCCGCUUCAGGGUGGAGAACGGCUCCUCAGAUGAGACCUCAGACUACACCCCAGGAACCUGGAGGAGAACCGACGUCCAUCUGGAGAACCCGGAGUACCACACCAGAUGGUUCUUUAAAUACUUCCUGGGAAAAGUUCAUCAGAAUUACGUGGGCACCGAUGCGGAAAAGAACCCCUUCUAUCUCUCGGUGGUGCUGUCGGACCAGAACAACCAGCGCGUGCCGCAGUACCGCGCCAUACUCUGGAGGAAGGCUGGGACCUUGAAGAUAAGCCUCCCCUACUGUCCUACCAAAACCUUAUCAGUGAAGUCUAUCCUAAGUGCAAUGAACCUGGACAGGUUUGAGAGAGGCCCCCGGGAGAUCCUCAACCCAGAGAUCCAGAAGGAUCUACUGGUGCUGGAGGAACAGGAGGGUUCUGUCAACUUCAAAUUUGGCGUGCUGUACGCCAAAGACGGACAGCUCACAGAUGACGAAAUGUUUAGCAACGAGACGGGCAGCGAGAGCUUCGAGAAGUUCCUCAGCCUUCUGGGAGACAGCGUCACGUUGCAGGGGUGGGCCGGCUACCGCGGGGGGCUCGACACCAAGAAUGACACUACAGGAAUGCAAUCCAUCUACACCGUGUAUCAGGGCCAUGAACUCAUGUUCCACGUCUCCACCAUGUUACCUUACUCCAAGGAGAACAAACAGCAGGUCGAGAGGAAGAGACACAUCGGAAACGACAUCGUCACCAUCGUGUUCCAGGAAGGAGAGGACGCCUCGCCCUCCUUCAAACCGUCCAUGAUCCGAUCACACUUCACCCAUAUAUUUGCAUUAGUUAGAUAUAACAGAGAGAAUGACAGUUACAGACUGAAGAUCUUCUCAGAAGAGAGCGUUCCUCUGUUCGGACCGCCACUCCCCUCCCCCCCAGUGUUUACGGACCACCAAGAAUUCAGGGACUUUUUGCUAGUAAAACUAAUCAACGGAGAGAAAGCCACGCUGGAGACGCCCACCUUCGCCCAGAAACGCCAGCGGACCCUGGACAUGCUGAUCCGCUCUUUGUGCCAGGACCUGAUGCCUGACCUGCCCAAGGCUCCUUUCUCUCCGCAGAACAUGCUGAACCGACGCUCCUUCAGCGACGUGCUCCCUGAGUCGCCUAAGUCGGCGCGCAAGAAGGAGGAGGCUCGGCAAGCAGAGUUCGUCAGGAUAGGACAGGCGCUGAAGCUGAAGACCAUUGUGCGAGGAGACGCCCCCACCAGCCUUGUUACCACUGGCCUAUGUCGGAAAGAGCCAUGGGAAUCACAGCCAUUCUGCAGCACGUUCCCGUACGAGAUUGUGUGCGCCGACUCCUGGGGUCAAUCUCUGCUUGUUGCCACGGACACAGCAGGGGUCAUGGUGUUGGAUGGCUGCGACCCAACACAGUCUAAUAUCGAGCAGCUGGCGGCGCCGCCCGUGCAGGUGUUCGACAAGACCCUGGUGGUGAAGCAGAUGCACAUCCUGGAGCCUCAGGACCUCCUGGUCACCAGGGCUGACAAAGGUAAAGACGCUCGCCUGUACGUGUUCAGACUCAGCUCACUGAAGAGAGGACUGGAGGAGAAGCAGGCCGUACGAAGCAAGUGUGACAGCAGGGAGAACAAACUGGAGAAAACUAAAGGCUGCCACCUGUACUCCAUCAACACACACCACGGCUCAGAGCUGAGGAUAGUGGCGGCCAUCAGGAACAAGCUCCUCCUCAUCACCAGGAAACAGCCCCGCCCAGAGGGCUUCAGCGCCAUGGCAUCGGCUGCAGACUCGCCAGUCGAGGAGUUUCAAUACAUACGGGAGAUCUGCCUGUGCGACCCCCCCGUGGUGAUGGCCCUGGUGGACGGGCCCACAGGGGAGAACGACAACAUGAUCUGCGUGGCGUACAAACACCAGUUUGACCUGAUCAACGAGAGCACCGGAGACGCCUACCGCCUGCACCACGUGGACGCCAGCAGGGUCAACUUUGUCGGCGCCAUCGACGUCUACGAGGACGGCGAGGCCGGCCUGCUGCUGUGCUUCAACUAUAGCUGCUACUACAAGAAGGUGUGUCCGUUCAACGGCUCCACCCCCAUGAUCCAGACCAACACCUCCGACUUCCACUUCAGCUGGAACCAGAUGCCUCAUGCUAUCGUGUGUGCGUUCCCAUACAUCCUGGCGUUCACGACGGACUCCAUCGAAAUCCGGCUGGUUGUCAACGGCAACCUGGUGUACACGGCAGUGGUCCCAGAGCUGACGCUGACGGCGUCUAGGUCGGACAUCUACUUCGUCUCGUCCGCGCCGGUCAACUCGGCCUCCACCUGCAGCUCCAGAGACACAAGCUCCCAGAGUUCCCCUCAGACUCCCACUGGAUACGAGAUGCCCGUGUUUCCCUCACCCCUCAGUGAUGAUUCUAUACGGAUCCCCUAUGGUACCAAGCUUUCCCUGUACAUGUCUAAGGAUGCGGAAGGGGAGUUGGCGUGUAAGCACAUCUUCAAGAUCCCGCUCAGCAACCUGGUGGGCCGCAGCAUCGAGAGACCGCUGAAGUCCCCGCUGGUCAACAAGGUGCUGACCGCGCCCACGGCGGCCAUCCUUGGCCCCUCGCCCACCCUGAUCUCCGCCUCCCACUCGCUGUCCCUGUCCCGCAUGGAGAUCAAGGAGAUCGCCAGUCGCACACGGAAGGAACUACUCGGUUUGACCGAGGAGCCCAGCGGGAAGCCAGACAGCGGAGUGGUGAAACAGAGGAGGAUGAGCCGGAAGAACAUCCAGGAGGAGGAGCCCAAGCCCCACGCGCUGACCUCAGUCAACAGCGACAGCAUGGCCCCAGAGUCCCCAGACGACGCGGACCCCGACGGCCAGCAGCAGCACUGCAUCCCCAGCCCCGAGCCGGAGGCCGAGCGGGCCGUGCUGCCAGAGGAGUGCCCCCUGCUGGCCGCCGCCUUCACCCUGUCCACCUCCUUCGGAGACGUCCUGGACCUCAAAUGAAGACAAUCUCCCGCCCGGGCCCAGUCAUCGUUACGCUCCCCCGCCCCUGACACUGUGCAUUGUA